CUUCAGGACAGGUUUGCUCGGGUCGCAGUACAGUUGUGCUGAGGGCAGACAGACAAUUGGUUCUUCAAAACACAUUUUAGAUAUUCACAGCUGCUUAAAAAUAAAAAUUAUUCGAGAUAUUCCGAGGCUUGUUUUAUUUAUUCCGAGCGUAACCAUUUCUUUCUCCUAGUCUGUUCAAGAACAAACACGUUUUCCUGGAGUCGUUACAGACUGUUUAUGCAACGUUAAUGACGGGGAACUGAAGUUAUAGUUUACCGCAGUGUCGCAGCCAGGAUGAAGCGUCCAGGUUUCGGGUUGUCCACCUUCAGCGGUGUCUUCGUGGUCUGGACAUUGUUUUCGGUGCUUAUUGUCUUCUCAUACCCUCUUGAAGGUGAUCAAGAGGCGCACGAGCUGCGGUUCGUGGAGGAGUUUGAUCGGUUGAAGCUCGGGUUCAGCUGGCACAACAUGUCCUGCGCGGUGUGUAAAGCGAUCUUCGCCACGGUUGACAUCGCGCUGCUGAGUGACUCAAACAAGGAGCGUGUGGCCCAUGUUCUGGGAGAUGCCUGUGUCCGACUGCACCUCGCUGAUCCAGAUGUAUGCCGAGAGAUCACUGAGCUCUUCCGAGAAGAUUUCAUCCGUGCGCUGCAGGAGUCCUUCCUCUGGCCCACAGAGGCUUGCGCUCUGCUGGUUGGACCUGCGUGUGGCCAUUUUGAUAUUUAUGCCCCCUGGAAUGUAUCCCUGCCACAGGUCCCCAAACCCCCAAUUAAACCACACACCCCUCCCAAACCAGGCUCUCCACAGAGCAGGAUCCUGUUCCUCACAGAUAUCCACUGGGAUGCGGAGUACGCUCAAGGCAGCCUUGUGGAUUGUAAGAAGCCACUGUGCUGUCGGAAUGACUCCGGAAGGGCCAGUUGGAAGCACAGUGGAGCCGGAUACUGGGGCACAUAUGGCAAAUGUGACCUGCCUCUACGCACAGUGGAGAAUCUCCUCCAAACCGUAGCCAAAUCCGGCCCAUGGGAUUGGGUGUACUGGACAGGAGACAUCCCAGCACACAACGUCUGGUCUCAGUCCCGGAAACAACAGCUGAACGAGCUCACCGUCAUCACUAGACUGAUACUCAAACACCUGGGGCCUAAUGUAACCGUGUACCCAUCUGUGGGGAAUCACGAGAGCACGCCGGUGAAUAGUUUCCCACCUCCGUUUGUACAUGGGAAUCGGUCGUCCCGCUGGCUGUAUGACACUAUGGCGAAGGAGUGGGCAUCCUGGCUUCCUGAGGAAGCGCUCGAGACCUUACGCCUUGGAGGGUUCUACACUGUGGAAAUUCAGCGUGGUUUGAGGCUGGUGUCUCUGAACAUGAACUUUUGUGCACGAGAGAACUACUGGCUGAUGGUGAACUCCACAGACCCGGCCGAUCAGCUGCAGUGGCUCAUUCACAUACUACAAGAGUCUGAGAACAAGGGAGAGAAGGUCCACAUCAUCGGUCACAUUCCCCCGGGUCUCUGCCUGAGCAGUUGGAGUUGGAACUACUAUCAUAUAGUCAACAGAUAUGAAAGCACCAUAACUGGUCAGUUUUUCGGACACACUCACGUCGAUGAGUUUCAGAUGUUCUAUGAUGAGGAAACGAUGACCCGUCCACUGAGUGUGGCUUUCAUUGCCCCGAGUGUGACCACUUAUGUUAACCUGAACCCAGGAUAUCGUGUUUAUUACGUGGAUGGAAACUACCCAGGCAGCAGUCGCAUGGUUUUGGAUCACGAGACCUUUAUUCUCAACCUGACUCUUGCCAACAAACGGCACUCAAAACCCUACCCCAGCCCGUCAUGGACCUUGCUGUACCGUGCCUCUGAGGCCUAUGGCUUGUCCACACUCUUCCCAGCGGACAUGGACGGUUUGAUCAAAAUCAUGGUGAAUGAUGACCGUGUCUUCCAGCGCUUCUGGUACCUCUUUCACAAAGGCCACGUGUCAAAGCCCUGCACAGACACUUGCAAGACUUCACUAAUCUGUCUCCUGCACAGCGGGCGAUACGACGUUUUAAUGCAAUGUGAUGUGCUACACGGAGAUAAGCACUCUUUUAGGAAGACAAUGUGUUGAGAGAAUAUAAAAAAAAUGGCCAUCAAGCUCUAAUGAGUUUAAUACCAAACUAACCUCACAGACUUUUGAUUUAUUUAGCACUUUCUUUUGAAUAUUUUUGGUAACGUUUGUUUCAUUUUGUCAAACUGUUUGAUUUUUGUUCUUGUUUGCCAGUUAGCUGCUUUGCUAUGGCUGUUGUUGGCAUGUGGGUGUUUGGUCAAGAUUGGGUUAAAGUCAGUUCUCAGAAAAAAAUGUUAUUUAGAGCAGUGAUCUUGAGAUUGAAAAGCAUUACUGGUUGAAAAUGGAACGGGUAAUGACUUCACAACCAAGUGGUGUGUUAGUGCCUCAUAAAAACCACAAUUGCUCAGUCCUCAUUCUCACUUAAAGGGUGUUUUGUGUCACUCGAGUGGAUUGUGGUUGGUUGCCUUUUGUGUGUGUGUGUGUGUGUGUGUGUUCUCUUCCUGCAUUGACCUACACUAUGCACACUGGAGCCUGUUUGAGGCAAAUCGUAUUAGAUGACAGUUUGUUGAUUCAACACCAAGUCAUUGAACACUGUUUCAAUUGGUAGAGAAAUUAUGUUCUGAGGAGAUUCUGUGAUUUGUCACUGGCUGAUAAAUGAUUUUCCAAUCGUAGUGCGACUUUAUAAAUUUUAUUAUAUGUAAUUUGAAGGCCUUACUAAAUAAAAAACUUUUUUGAA